AUGGCAAGAAAAAGAAGACAGCGCGGAAAACGCCAUUCUUCGAAGAAGACAGAGGAUGUAGAUGUGUCUGAAGAUGAAUUUGAACAAACUGAGGAACCUAAACUAGGUCAAAUUAACAAAUACACGAAGGAACCAAUCCAACCAUUCUUGGGUGUCCUGACUCCUGAAGAAGAAAAGUAUUUUAGAGAGAUUGAAGAGACUCUUGUCUCUCAUAAUACUCGUGACAAUGAAGAUACUCGGUACUUGGUCGAUAGUAUAUUCGCAGAAGUGUCUGGCAAGGAACUCCAGGUUUUAAACAAUGUUUUUGGAUCUAAAGUCCUUGAAAAAGUCUUCACCUUGGCUUCUUCUCAGCAAAUUAAAAACUUUUUUGGUGCUUUAAAUGGAAGUUAUCUGCAAAUUACGCAAACUACAUUCGGAUCAUUUGUCUUGGAAAAAUUGCUCAGUCAUAUGGGUAGAAUAAUUGAUAUGGAAGAAAAGGGAGGCGCACUAGACGAAGAAGAAGGAUCCGAGUUUGUUGCUACUGCUGAAUCCUUGAUUAUGUACAUGUGUAAUGAGCUGCGCCCUGAAAUUUCAGCUCUUCUCGAUCACAAGCUUGCAGCUCAUGUCCUUGAAAAGCUUCUAUUGUUAUUGAACGGACAACGUUCUGUGCAAGAAGGCGAAAGUAAGGCUAAGUAUGUUUCAAUCAGUGUGCCAUCAUCGUUCAAAGAGUAUGCAUACUCAAUUGUUGAGAGUGCUGCCGAGAAUUUGGAAGCCACUGAGCUUCGGGCGUAUAGUGUCAACAAGUAUGCCUCUCGAGUCAUCCAAGCGUUCGUGCGUAUCGAAUUUGAGAGAAGAGCACGGAGUAAGAAAAACAAAGCUACUCCUUUCUCAGACAAACUCCUACUUUCCAAGGAAUACGAUUGGAAGGAGCUCCCUUUCGUAGAAACUCUAUUGAAGGAUGAGACCGGUUCUCGCGUGCUUGAAGUAUUGGUUGAGCGCAUGCCUGCCUCCGAUCUGACUCGUUUGGAGAAUGUGUUUGAGGGCCGUUACUAUCGUUUGUGUGUGCAUCCUAUAGCAAACUUUGUCAUGCAAAAGUUUAUUAAGCGAGCUAACGCCUUAACUGUUGAACGCAUGCUUAAUGAGCUUAAGGACAGUUCUGAGAGUCUGGUGCGAAAAUCGUUCCUUUCUGUCUUAAAAACUCUUUUAGAGACUUGCAACGAAAAAAACUUCCAUCAAAAUCAUUUGUUCCGUCUUAUCAUAUCCGCUGCCAAGGAACGUCAUCCAAAACAAAACUUGUUUGUUGCCCUGUUACGCUCCAAACAUAAGAAAGAUAAAAACUCAACCGAUGGCAAGCGCGUCUUGGUAAACAACUUUAUCGCUGUUCAACUUGUAGAGGAAAUGCUGCGUGUGCCCAUUGAACUUUCUUCAGAGCUUAUUGAAAGCUUGCUGGAGUUAGAACCAGAAAGCAUCGUUGAAUAUGCCACAGAGACUGCCUCCUCGCACAUCAUUGAACAGAUCCUCGGGAUGAGUGACUUGAAAAUGGCGCAUCGGAGACGCUUGCUCAAUGCAUUUGAUGGUCACUUUGCAGAAAUUGCAGUCACGGCGCCUGGUUCGCAUAUCGUUGACAAGUGUUGGUUCGCUACACAAGACUUGCCUUUGUACCGUUCUCGAAUUGUUGCAGAGCUUGCCGAAGCAGGUGAUGAAGUAAAGUUCGACUUUUACGGCAAAAAGGUUUGGGCCAACUGGAAGGUUGAACUGUACCGCCGGGCAGCUGACCAGUGGUAUCGUUGGUCAAAAGAGGAUAAGUCGGAGAAGCCCAUUAUGAAACGUGUCCGCAGUCUCCCGCCAUUGGAAAACACUUUCGCAAGAAAGCGGACCAUGGAGCCAUCAGAAGACCUCGGUGCUUCUAAAAAGACAAGAAUGACUGCGUUUUUUGGCACAAUAUAG